AUGACUGCACAAACAGAGAACGGCCCUCAUUUCCUGGAGGCGAAGGAGCCCUUGCCAGGAACGCGGGAACCAGAGGUAGUUAUCCGUCUAACAUCCGAGAAAACCAAGAAACAGAAUACAGUGCGUUAUGACUUUGUUUCUGGUAUGUACCAUCCGGUGGCCGAGGAAGACCCAGUGUUUGAUAUCCUUACACUCCCCUCUAGAUCUGUACACAGGGAUGAUGCAACGUUCAUAGAUCUUAAUCCUCCCGUUAAACAGUCGCUAGAAGAUUGUGGCGUGGAUAAAGAAGCAGAGGCUUUGAACGCGGAAGAUGAUGAGGUUUAUAACAGUGUAAUUUCCAAGGAAGAACUUCAGAGGAUUGACGCCCAACCGAACCCUUUCAAUUUCAGCGACCGAGUGUCUCAGACAAUCAAAAUUCCUAGAAAGGAUUCGUCUAUACAAACCGAGCCAGCACCUAGCACCACAUUCUCUAUCAACGUAGGCCUUUGUGACAUAUAUCAAGCAUACGAGAUUGAUUAUGCGAAGUUCCUCAAUGCAGAAAAGGAAAAAGAACGGGAAAGCGCGAGAGACAGAUCUGCCACGAAAUCAAUACAGCUUGCAGAUGCAGCUGGUGAGAGGGCUUGGUCUGUAAUUCUCUGGUACGAAAGCAGCCUUGCCAGUUUUGAGGAUAUGGAUGAUUAUAGCCUCUUUCCAUGUGGAUGGCACUGUGUCCUCCCUAAAGAUACUAUUGAACAGGUCCAACAGGGAUUUUGGGAGCUUCCUGGGGAAGUCUCACAGCAGACCUGCAAAACAGAGUCCAUCCCCCUGUGCUAA